AUGGUCGCAAACCAACGUCUGUCGGCGAUGCCAGCGCUGGCUCUUCUCGCAUUUUCGCUAGCCUCGUUCCUCUCGUUCGCAAGUGCUGCUACUUUCGAGCAACACUGGAACAUCAACUGGGUCCCCAACCAGAACCCGGACGGUCUCUACCCGAGGUACGUCAUUGGCGUCAACGGUACAUGGCCACCUCCCAUCAUCAACGUCAAUGCUUCCGACACCGUCCGUAUCACCGCCACCAACAAUCUCGAGACCGGUGUCGGCACCUCGCUCCACUCGCACGGCAUGUUCUUCAACCGCACCUCUUACUACGACGGCGCUGUGGCUCUCACUCAAUGUCCCAUCCCUCCCGGUCAGAGCUUCACCUACGAGACGCUCAACUCGCCCGCCUCGCCCGUUGAACGACGCAAGCAGAUGGGCACCUUCUGGAUCCACGCCCACAACAAUGAUCAGUACACCGACGGUCUGCGUUCGCCCGUCAUCAUCCACCCGGACGACCCGGCCGACAUGCACUUCAACUACGACGAUGACUACACUGUCAUCCUCGGCGACUGGUACCACAGCAACUACACCGACUUGGUCAACAACGAGUUUAUGAACCGAAAGAACCCCACCGGUGCCGAACCCGUCCCCAAGUCUGGAAUCAUCUACUUUGCCCACACACCCAACACUACUUCUGCUGCCACGUACCUGCCGGGGUUCAGCGAGAACGCCACAUUGCCCUUCGAGGCGGGCAAGACAUACCGUCUGCGCAUCAUCAACAUGUCGGCCCUCGCCAUGUUCUACUUCUACCUCUCGGGUCACGACAUGCAGGUCAUCGAGAUCGAGGGUGUCGAUGUGCAGCCACAGUCCGUUGACUUCCUCACCAUUUCCGUCGCUCAGCGUUUCAGUGUGCUCGUCACUGCAAGGAACGACUCUUCGCCCCAGAACUGGAGGCUGCACGCCAACAUGGACUCGGACAUGUUCGAUGUCGUCCCCGCCGACUUGCAGCUCAACGUUUCCGCUACCAUCUCGUACCCCAGGGCCCCGCCCGGCGAGUUUGGUCCGGACAAGAUCAUCGAGGAGUACACAUUCUUUGACGACUUGCAGUUCUCGCCUGUCAACGCCGAGCCGAUGGUGACGCCCGAUCUCACACACCGUUUGGAUGUGUCGUUCGACACCAUGUCCAACGGUGAGAACUACGCUGCGUUCAACAACAUCUCGUACGUGGCCCCGCAGGUGCCCGCGCUGUUUUCCGCCGAGUCCAUGGGCCCGCUUGCGUCCAACGGCGCCAUCUAUGGUCCCAACUCGAAUGCCUUCGUCAUGAAGCACAACGAGAUGGUUGAAGUGCAGGUGUACAACUGGGACGCCGGUAAGCACCCCUUCCACCUGCACGGCCACCAUUUCCAGGUGGUCUACAAGUCGCAGGACGUCACCUCGGACGAUCCCGCCAUCAACCCUCCGUUCAACGAGACGCAGAUCAACCCCAUGAGACGCGACACGGUCAUGAUCCCGCCCGGCGGUGCGGCGUUUCUCCGCUUCCGCGCCGACAACCCAGGCGCCUGGUUCUUCCACUGCCACAUCGACCCGCAUCUCGUCUCCGGCCUGGCGAGCAUCUUUGUCGAGGCCCCCGAGAUCCUCAGUGACAACUACCUCAACGUCCCCAGCUUCAUCAAGGACCAGUGCCGUGCCCAGGGGAUCGCGACUACGGGCAACGCCGUGGGUCUCAACUCGACGACCGACUUUACCGGUUUGGCUAAAGGCCCGACGUACUUGGAGUCCGGUUGGACGGGACGUGCGAUCGCCGCGUUCACUGGGUGCACUAUCACGGGUCUGCUCGGCUUGGCUACCCUCGUCGUCUACGGAUGGCACUCGGGCGAGGACGAUGAUGUUGAAGAGGAUGACAAUGAGUAG